AUAAACAACAACACUCUACAGUAAAUCGAAGGAACCAGUCUCGUCUCGACCUCAUUUUCAGCGAUGGCGAUGUCAAUUCUAAAGCUAAGAAAUUUAUCGGCUUUAAGAUCGGCCGCAAAUAGUGCCCGGAUCGGAGUUUCCUCGAGGGGUUUCUCAAAGCUUGCGGAGGGCACUGACAUAACCUCGGCGGCUCCCGGCGUCUCUCUCCAGAAAGCUCGGAGCUGGGACGAAGGCGUUUCCUCCAAAUUCUCCACCACACCAUUGUCAGAUAUCUUCAAGGGGAAGAAAGUCGUCAUUUUUGGACUCCCUGGGGCUUACACGGGAGUUUGUUCGCAGCAGCAUGUGCCUAGCUACAAGAGCCACAUUGAUAAGUUUAAGGCUAAAGGCAUUGAUUCUGUCGUAUGUGUCUCUGUUAAUGAUCCCUAUGCUAUCAAUGGUUGGGCUGAGAAGCUUGGUGCCAAAGAUGCAAUUGAGUUUUAUGGGGAUUUUGAUGGGAAAUUCCACAAAAGCUUGGGGCUAGACAAGGAUCUCUCUGCUGCAUUACUCGGGCCACGGUCUGAGAGAUGGUCGGCUUAUGUAGAAGACGGUAAGGUUAAGGCGGUGAAUGUGGAAGAAGCACCGUCUGACUUCAAGGUUACAGGGGCAGAAGUCAUCUUAGGACAGAUCUAAAAGGGGUUUUUUCCAGAGUUGUUGUUUCUUCUGACUUGCAACUGAAAAUAAGUUUGAUCCGAACAUGUUCCAAGGAUCACACCAAGAAACAGCUUGACUUGUUUUUGUUUUGUUUCCACAGUUUCUGUUUCAAUAAAAAUUAUGUGUUUUGCCGUUUCUCACCAAAAUGUAAAUCGAUCAUAAUAUAAAUUAGAAACCAAUAUGAUCUCAUCAAA